GUCCACGACAUUAAAAUUUCUGACCUAACAUCUUGUGUCUUGCCAACAGGCUCUUCAGGUGCGACUCGGUCUUAAUCGCUUAGUUCCCCACCGUCCUUGAAGGCAGCACCGUUCCUCCACCUCUGCGCUCCAACCGGGAGCCACCGACUGACUGAGUGGCUGCGUGGGGAGCCGGUGUGGGCGCAGCGGAGGACUUUCCUAUAAAAGCAGGGAUUCCGCGACUAGGCGAGCUCGUCUCUCUCAGAUAGCGGCAGAUAGACGCGCUUAUUCCCGCCAACAGCCUUCUGAUCUCUCCAGUUUGAUCGUCCCAACCUCAUUCAAAGGAAAUCUUAGUCUAUGGUUCUGACCAACGCUCCAACAAGGAUGUCCCGGACCGACGAGGUGCAUCGUAUAACGGAGAAUGUGUACAAGUCCAUCAUGGAGCAGUUUAAUCCCUGCUUGCGGAACUUCAUAGCCAUGGGAAAAAGCUACGAGAAGGCAAUCACCAGUGUCACAUAUGCUGCAAAGGGCUACUUCGACGCUCUGGUGCGGAUGGGCGAGAUGGCCACCGAAAGUCAAGGCUCUAAGGAUCUCGAAGACGCAGCAUGGGAGGUGCUCUUUCAGAUGGCUGAAGUGCACAGACAGAUCCAGAUCCAGCUUGAGGAGAUGCUGAAGUCUUUCCACAACGAGCUGCUCACUGAGCUGGAGAAGAAGGUCGAGCUGGAUGCACGCUACCUGAAUGCUGCACUGAAGAAGUACCAGAUGGAGCACAAAAGCAAAGGGGAGAGUUUGGAGAAGUGCCAGGCAGAGCUGAAGAAGCUGCGCAGGAAGAGCCAGGGCAGCAAACACCCCUCCAAGUACGGAGACAAGGAGAUGCAGUAUGUGGAGGCCAUCAGCGCCAAGCAGACCGAAAUGGACAGCUACAUCGCUGAGGGCUACAAGAACGCUCUGUCUGAGGAGCGGAGGAGGUACUGCUUCCUGGUGGACCGUCAGUGUGCCUUGGCCAAGAGUGGCAGCGCCUACCACAGCAAGGGGAAGGAGCUUUUAUCUCAGAAGCUCCCAAUGUGGCAACAGGCAUGUGCCGAGUCCACCAAACUGCCAGAUCGUGCCAUGUUUUUGGCCCAGCAGAUGAGCAGUGUAGCAGGCACCAUGCCUCCCGGUGCUCAUCAUCCCGGCAUGUCCAUCUCUGAGCCCAUCCCUGGUGCUAAACCCCUGCCAGUGCCUCCAGAACUGGCAGCCCUCAGGGCCAGCGGGGGUCUGGCACAGCAGAGGCUGAUGGGGGUUGUGGAUGGAGGGAUGCCCGUGAUGAACGGCACGGCUGGCGCCCACGGGGGAGAAGACUACCAGCAGUGGAUGGAGGGCAAGGUGGCCCAGGGCAAGGUCUCACCGCAGACCCAGCGGCAUGGAGGGGAGGUCUAUUCAAACACCCUGCCUGUGCGCAAAGCUGCCCCAGCCAAGAGCAAGACCACGCUGAUGGAGACCCGUACGCUGCCCCGGUCCAGCUCCAUGGCUGCAGGGCUGGAGAAAAACGGGAGAACUCGUGUCCAGGCUGUUUUCUCCCAUGCAGCCAGUGACAACAGCACUCUGCUCAGCUUCUCUGAGGGCGACGUGAUCACCCUGCUGGUUCCUGAGGCCCGUGACGGGUGGCACUACGGCGAGAACGAGAAGACAAGGAUGCGUGGCUGGUUCCCCUUCUCCUACACCAGGGUGAUCUCCGACACGGAGGGCGACUCCAUGAGGCAGCUUCGAGUACACAGCCUCCACCAUGGGAAGAGCAGUAGCGCUGACAACCUUCUAGACAGAGAGGACAUGGCACUCCCUGUCCCUGAUUACGGCGUUCAAGCCCAUAUAGUGGCACAGAGUGCUGCUGCGCUGCAUGGCAGACCACAACGCCCCUACAGCGUGGCGGUGCCAGGCUUCUCACAGCAAGGAGUCGAAGAGUACGAGCCUCGCUUCUCCACAAGAGACAAAAGUCGAGAGCAAACGACUGCAAGCUGCCAGUGUUUCUUCUUUCUCCACUAAAAUAAGGCCAAGGUACGACUGCCAUCGCCGCAGAGAUAGCACACCAAUCAGCUGCGGCCACAAAACUUCUGCCUCAACUGAUGUGCUUUUAUUUACAGGGGUUUUGUUGUGAAAAAAAAUCUCUAAAUUGUACAAAGAAUUUAUGGGUAUGCAUGCUUUGGGCCACUAAACAUGUUAAGUUGAUGACCUCAAAUGUACGGUGAAUUUCUACAACUAAAGUACAAAAUAAAUUUAUUCCGCUGGACUUUUUUGUUUGUUGGUUUAUAUCUGUCCAGAAAAUGUUUGCAUCCUGAGAGAAAAUUUGAAAAGAAUCAGUGAAUUCAAUUUCUAUGAAUGUUUCUGGUGUAUUUGUUUUUGUCUUAAGUGUUUUCUUCUGCUUCUUGUUUAACUUCUAAAUCUAAUUUAAUUUAGAGCAAUUUACAACAGCAGGAUAAUCUUCAGAUAAAAUGACAUUUGAUCCUGGUUUUGAGCUUUAGUUCUAUGGCAGCAUAAAUGAUUCUCUGUAAAGGUUUAGUUUAGGUUGCUUGUUCAUCCUAAAAGAACAACGUGCGAUUGUUUCUCAGCGCUAACAAACUGGCCAUCGUCCUCGUGCUUUCACGCAUUAACCGGCUCCUCCUGCACAUUUGACAUCACUUCUCAUGUCAACAUUUCUGGGUCUGGGACGGUUCCUGUCAUAACCUCCCACUGGCUUUGUUGCAUGUUCAGUACAGUGUGUGUGUGUGUGUGUGUGUGUGUGUGUGUUCAGUGCACAGUAGUAUUUCCACUACAUCCUUCCCGCCCUGACCUGCCACUGCCAUCCACCCACUGGCCUGCUCCUCCUGCUGCUAGCAAAGGUACCUUUUUCAACUCAACAGUGUUUGUCUGUCUCAGCAUCAUCACGUUACAGUCCCAGUGUUUCUCUUGUGGUUCGCUGGGUUGUGGUCUAUAUACCUGUGUGUGCCUGCCACUUUUAUUCUGUAUUCCUGUGUAUGUCUGGAUCAUAGUUUACAUGUUGUGAGUUUUUAAGGCACUGAUCUGUUUGUGGUCUACAAAUAUAUCCGUGUAGCAUUUUAAUAUCAUUAAGUUAGUGCAGUAAUUUCCAUGAACAAGAUCACUGAGCUGACUGGCAGCCUCCACAGGCCUUAACGCUGCAUGCUGGAUGUUCAUCACUGUCAGUGGUGAAGGAAGCAUGCAGAUGUUUUACUCCAGCAUCCGAACAUAGGUAAACGUACAUGAGUAAAAGCAGUAAAAUGCAAAGAAGCGUCUUUUUCUGCAGUGUUAUACGACUUGUGUUGAUCUAUAAACUAAGACAUUUAGGAUAUCUGUACGUUAUAUUGUAGCUGUCACAUGGAAACCAUUGUAUCUCCAGUUAUAGAGAUUUUACUACUUGGAUCAGUUGAAGGGCUCUAUUCUUUUCCUAAAACUCUUUAGAUGCCCUCUGAAAUACAUCAUCUAACCAAACAAGACAGAUAAAGGCUCUAAAGGCGUUUUCUCUCAGUUGUAACCGGUUGUUUCUGCUGUCAGACGAAUGAUCUGGGCGAGAAAUUAGACGCUCUAGCACCAAAAUUAUACUUGAGGAAAUGUCCAUAUUAAUUUCUGAUCUCUGGUCACAAAGUUAGAUUUCAUCUGUAAGAAAGUGGAGGAGCAGAGCGAACAACAGAUAGCAUUGUCUUUCAGUUUUAAAUGGAGGCUUCCAGUUGUCUUAGUCAUGGUUUAAUGUUUGCACCAUGAAUCCCACUGACAGCUUGCUGAUAGUUGUCUAUACAAUAAUCUAAUAUGUCACUUGGUAUUUGAGAAGCUGAGUGCUGACACAUGGGGAAUGUCUCUGCCUUUCAGUACAGGGCCUGAUUAUGCCUGCUUUUGACUGACCAAACCCCAGUGUAAGUGACUGACCUUGGGGUCUUCAUGCAAACUUUUUCUGAAAACCUCAUCUUGUUGGCUUCAGGUGUUGUGGAGUGACUUCUGGGUUAUUUCCUUCACUGUAUAGUUAAUAUUUGCAUUUUGUUUUUGUUUGUGAUUUGCACAUUGACCUCAUCAGUGGCACUCCAGCAAAAGUUGCAUGUUUCAGCAUCAUGCUCAACUUUCCCUCCUUCCUCGUUUUCCCCUUUCUCUCUCAUCACUUUUAUUUACUUUUUGACUUUUUUCAGCUCCAUUCUGUGGUGCAUUUGAGAUUAUAAUGUUUACAGUUUUAUGCACAAUGUGCAUUACAUUUUAUCAAAUUA